GGCAUGUGGGGCGUGGGGUGUCAAUGUGUCAUGUCACCAUAAUAAUUUGAUUAUUUGUUGGCAAUCUUGGCAAUAAAACAGAAAGUUUUGAAUUUCAAUACACUUGUGAAAACCCCACGAAGCUUCUUAUAGUAACAAUUGCAUGCCAAAUUGCCAGCCGAACAAGUUGUUCCUGACCUCUCAAGAAAUUGAACAAAUACAAGUUGAUUUGUGCUCUAAAGUUUCAACACCUAAACACUUAAGAGACAAACAUCAUGUUUAAAUUCCCAGAACAUCAGGUUGCAGGCCACCUGGCCCUUGGAGGAAAAUUAGGCCCGCAGAUAGACGAAUCAGGGCGCUUUUGCAAGCCUCUCCAGGAGGAUGAACGAGGCUCUAGAGAGGUUGCUUUCUAUGAAGCACUCUAUUCUACCUCAAAAGUCAAGAAGCAAAUUCUUCGCUUCUUCCCUGUAUUUUAUGGUACACAUAUUACUGAGGCGUCUGAUGGAUCAGGACUGCAUCCUCACCUUGUUUUGCAAGAUGUUGUCUCGGAUUACUUAAAGCCGUGCAUCAUGGACAUCAAAAUCGGAUCCAGAACAUGGUAUCCUCAAGCAUCAGAGGAUUAUGUUGCGAAGUGCCUUCGUAAAGAUAGAGGAACCACCAGCCUUUCCUUGGGUUUCAGGAUAUCUGGCCUGCAGAUAUACCGAGGCAAAAAAUCUGGUUAUUGGAAACCUGACAGGAAGCAAAUUCAGAAGUUUACAGCAGAUGAUGUCAGAUCAGUUUUGAGGAAGUUUGUGUCUUCAAAUCAAUUAGGUGAUUCAGAUUGCAAACCUGAUUCUCCACCAGCAUGUUAUAUAUAUGGUGGUUUCUCUGGAAUUUUUCAACAAUUGCUGGAACUAAAAUCAUGGUUUGAGGAUCAAACAGAUUUUCACUUUAACUCUUGCUCAAUCCUCUUAAUUUACGAUGGUGAAUCUGAAAAGAAUGGUGGAAAUCCUCAGUCUACGAUUAAGCUUAUUGAUUUUGCACACGUGUUUGACGGCAACAAUGUUAUUGACCAUAACUUCUUGGGUGGUCUUUCCUCGUUAAUCAAAUUCAUUUCAGAGGCAUCUGCCACACAGCUCAGCAAACCCAAAUGGUUGGAUGCUCCGGCUGCUUAAUGAUGUUUAAGUUUCUCAUGCUUUUUCGACUGUCAAAACUGUGGUUCCGAUCUGUAGCUCUGAACUCAGAGUUUGAUGCUAUAGUUUGCUACUUUUUGGAAAGCAACAGCUUUAGCAUGCUACGGAGGAAAUGCUAUUCUUGGUAAUUUGCACCUUGUUUAAUCAACUAAGCUAAUCAUGAAGCCUCGCAUUUGCUACUAAUCCUUUUAUUUGAUCAGAAUAGAGUGUGUGAACUGUGAAGUAUGUGAUUCUGUUGGAAAAACAAGUGAGUUUUAAGGAUGUCAAUAGUUGAUUAAAGCAGGUUAUUGAGGGGUGUUUAAUCUACUGAACUUGAUUCAUAGAGUUUAGCAAUAUCAAAACAUAAUCGAAGUAUAAUUUAGCA